AUGGAGUUUGCCCUGCUGAGUGAGGCUGAGGCCAGGAGCCCUGCACUGUCUCUGUCUGAUGCUGGCACCCCUCACCCACCUCACCCGGAACACAGCUGCAAGGGCCAGGAGCAUAGCGAUACAGAGAAGGCCCCGCCCCAAUUGGCCGGAGGGUCCCCAACUGAGGAUGGUUCCCUAAAGAAGAAGCAGCGACGGCAACGCACGCAUUUCACCAGCCAGCAGCUGCAGGAAUUGGAAGCGACCUUCCAGCGAAACCGCUACCCGGACAUGAGCACCCGAGAAGAGAUUGCAGUGUGGACCAACCUCACCGAGGCUCGAGUUCGGGUGUGGUUCAAGAAUCGCCGGGCCAAGUGGCGGAAGAGAGAGAGGAGCCAGCAAGCUGAGCUGUGCAAAGGCGGUUUCGGGGCGUCGCUGGGAGGGCUGGUGCCUCCCUACGAGGAGCUGUAUCCAGGGUACUCCUACGGGAACUGGCCGCCCAAGGCCUUGGCCCCACCCCUUGCAGCCAAGACCUUUCCCUUCGCCUUCAACUCGGUCAAUGUGGGCCCGCUGGCCUCGCAGCCCGUGUUUUCUCCUCCUGGCUCUAUAGCCACCGCUGCCUCCAUGGUGCCCACGGCUGCCGCGGGUGCUGCGGGAACCGUGGCGGGCCCCGGAGGUCUGCAGGGAUUGGGUGGUGGUCCUGCGGGAUUGGCCCCGGCUGCGGUGUCUUCGGGGGCGGUGUCUUGCCCGUACGCCUCCGCCGCUGCCGCCGCCGCGGCCGCCUCCUCCCCUUACGUAUAUCGGGACCCGUGUAAUUCGAGCCUGGCCAGUCUGCGGCUCAAAGCCAAACAGCACGCCUCCUUCAGUUAUACCGCAGUGCCCGGACCGGCCCCGGCCGCCAACCUCAGCCCGUGUCAGUAUGCCGUGGAGCGGCCAGUAUGAACGGCCGGUCCCCCUAGCCAAUCCCACCCAGCCACCAGGAGCAGGGCAGCGGACUAUCGGCCAGGCCUUAGACUGCGAUUCCCCAAGGCUUGCUCAGUUUCACCCCCUUCCAGCGCCUGGACCUCCUCCUCCUCUGGGAAGAACUGGGGCGGGGGGGCAUUCCCUGUUCCACCCUCUGGUCUCUAGGGGUCCCUGAGUGACAAACCGGAUCCGGAGGUACAGAAACAGUGACCCCAAGCCUGAGGCCGGGGAGGGGGAGGAUCACUUGAAAGCUCCCUCUGAGGGACAUAUAUGGAUGACAGACGUUCCGUGUUCAUCUACCAACUUGUCUUGGACCCCUCCAGCGGUCUCCGACUCUCUCCCUCACCAGUUUAAAAAAGAAAGAGAAAGAAAACAUAAACCGGAGACUCCCCUGCCACCUGCUGAUUCAGACUGGGGUUCAGUGUCCCUAGGAAUAACCUAAUUCUCCCAUAUUCCCCCUCUCCCUCCCAAAUAGGAUUCCUAACCCUACCUUGAUAGGUGGGGACAUUCAAUCUCCACCUGCCCACCCCAGCCUCCAAGCUUCAAUUUGUUCUCGUGGAGAACGGAGAGAGAAACCCAUGGCUCCUUCGGAGAAAGACCAAGCUUGGCCAGGGAGUGAAAGGGACGAGGACCAGCCUAUUCCGCCUAGGUUAGCCACGAUCAAUGCGGACACGGCGCCACCUCGUGGCCACAGGGGGGUGGGACUGCCAGCAGAUCUGAUUCGAUCACUCCGGAGCCUGGGACAAGCCAGUGGCAGUAAUAAGAUAGAGGGUGUGUGCAUCUGUGACUCUGGGAGUUAUGUGUGUCGCCUCAUCAUAAGCUGAGGGAGGGUGGUGCAGUGAAAAGAGGCUGAAGGACCUGGAGACAGACGAUCUCGGUUCUCAGUCCUGGAUUGGUUACUGAUUUGAUGAAUGAUUUCAUCCAAGUCUCUCCCUUCUCUGGAUCCCAGUUUCUUCAUCUAGUACCACUCUCUCA